AUGGACUCCGAGAAUGUGUUCGACAUAUACAAUGCCCCCGAGGCUCCCGAAGCUCCCUCGAGCAAGAGGCAUCCAGGGGAAAGCAGUAAAGUGCCUCAGGCCAAGAAAACCCGUACUGCAGGCCCUCCGGCAGACGGACCCUCAGCAAAUGUAACACCACCUUCUUCUCCUCUCGAGCAGCAAACUCCCCCUGCUCCUGUCGAGUCGACACCUUCUCCACCGACCCCAACCAACCAGACUCAGCAGGCUACUCCUGCUUCCACGGGGGGCGACAUAUCGAGUCGCGCCUUGAAAUCAGUCAAAGAAAGGGUGGCCAAAAUUUUGAAGCACGAUCGUUGUCGAGAGGCAAUGCUAACCCUUACUACCGGUCGGCUCCGCUCAGGUGCUGUCACCGAGCAGUUCAAGACUUUGGAGCAACGACACAUUGAAGAACGCAAAGCUGCCAAUGCGAAAUACGCUGAGCAGCUUGAGGCACUGCUUGGGGAGAAGAACAAACUGGCUGAGGAGUUGAAGGAGAAGCAGAAUGCUCUAUACAAGGCCGUCGAGCAAAGGGACAAUUUCAAGGAGCCUAACCGCAAACACAACCAAGAGGCUGACUUCAGCUACCUUCCCGAGCGUGCAAGGCAUGCUGAGAUAGCCCGCUACGUUGCUCGAUUGGCAGAAGAAGAGAGAGCAAGGGUCGUGAUGUAA